AUGCCUCGUACUUCAUCUNUUUUGUCUUCUUUGCUUUGUUUGGGCUCUGUGUUUGCACAGGAUGCUUCUACCACAUCUUCGUCAAUAGUGCCAACAGGGACACCUGUCGUCGGUGACUAUGGAGGUGCUCUGAGGCCACAGGUCCAUUUCUCACCUCCAAAAGGCUUCAUGGUAUAUAUCCUAAUCUCUACAAAUGGAAGACACAAUCCAUCAGGCGAUGUAGCAGGCAACCAGCAUUGGGGCCAUGCAACUACAACCGAUGGUUACACCUUUGAAAAUCAGCCCAUCGCGCUCUUUCCUCCAAACAACGAGACAUUUGUGUUCAGUGGCUCAGCAGUGGUUGACGUCAACAACACCAGUGGCUACUUCCCUGGACAGGAUAAUGGUGUGGUUGCCGUCUACACUCUAUCCAACAGCACAUCUCAAAACCAGAACAUUGCAUUUUCGAAAGAUGGUGGUUACUCUUUCGAGCCUUAUGAAGGCAACCCCGUCAUCGACAUCGGCUCGACUCAAUUCCGUGAUCCUCNNAGGUUUUCUGGCACCCCAAAACUCAAAGCUGGUCAUCAUGGCCUCCUGGGCAUCCAAUACGAGUGUCCUAACCUGGUUGAGAUGCCCGUAGAGGACUCAGACGAGACCAUGUGGCUCAUGUUCAUCUCCAUCAACCCUGGCGCUCCUCUUGGCGGCUCUAUCUCUCAGUACUUCCCCGGUUCGUUCAACGGUACACACUUCGAGGCUGUUGACCCUGUCGCUCGCAUCUCCGACUUUGCUAAGGACAACUACGCCGGUCAAUUCUUCUCCGGUAUCCCUGGUACGGAGAAGCGCCUCAGCAUGGAUUGGGCCAGCAACUGGCAAUACACCAACAAUGUUCCUUCUGCAAAUGAGGGUUGGCGCAGCUCCAUGACGGUCUUCCGUCAGAACCAUCUGAAGAUGCUGCCUAAAAUUGGUUGGGACCUUGUCAGCUCGCCUUUCAAUAUCAGCUCGCAGUUCUCGCAGGUUCUUAUUUCCAACUCGUCAUUGGGUAACAACAGCAUCUUGCUCGACUACUCCAGUGUGCCUUCUGGUGCACUCUACUUUGAAGCCAACAUCACUGGUCUGACCCCUGAUACUUUGGCUGGAUCUUUGAACUUUACCUUCACCUCAUCUAUCAGUGGUGAGAACAUUCAGGGCGGCACAAUCCCCGGUGGCACAACUUGGCUGUCGCGAAGAAACACAAACUGGGGUGCUGAGAACCCUUACUUCACCGACAAGUUCUCCUCGGAAGGCAUCUACAGUGGUAGCGAGAACGGUACUUGGACAAUCAGCGGUAUUCUUGAUCGUACCAUCUUAGAGCUGUUUGUUAAUGGAGGCGAGCAGAGCGGCACCAUGACGUUCUUCCCUGAACACCCACUCGAUACUCUGAGGAUCGGAGCUAAGGGUAUCCCCCAGGGCGCUGGUGUCAGUGUGGCCGUUUGGGCUCUAAGAGAUGCGUGGGCCAGUCAGGCAAACGCUGAGGGUCUGGUCGUAGGCAACACCACAUCUACUGCAUCAUAA